AUGAAAGUUCAUGGAGGUGGAUUUUUUGGUCUACUUUACCUCCAGUAUAAAAUUUAGCAGAAACUCUUUUAUCGCAAAUAUCCAGAGUAAGCGAUACAUCAUUUAAAUUUAUUUAAUUCUUUAAGUGCUUUUAUGUUUAUGAAUGCUUUAGAAAUAAAAAUUCAAUAAUUAUUAUGGAUUAUUGUUAAUGUAGAAAUGAAUUAAAUAAAUCAUAGAAGGAGAUUUAUAAGAUAUUAUUUAAUAUAGAUGACUAGAAGGAAAGAAUAGAGAGAGGGUGCACUUAAAAAAGUUGAAUAAUAAUUUUCUAAUUACUUAUUUGAUGAGUUUAUAUAUAUGAUACAUAGGGAUUUGAAGAGUUCUUAUAUUUUAAUUAAGAAUGAUGGAUAAUUAAAAAUAGCAGAUUUUGAAAAGCAAAAGUAAUUUAAUAAUUAAUUAUUAGACUCUAACAUAAGAAAAUGGCUUAAACUAUAUCAGGUAGUCCAAUAUAUUGAUCACCAGAAAUUAGUUAAGGAUAAGAUUAUACAUAACCUUCAGAAAAUAGUACUUAGAUUACAUUAAAAAGGGCUUUUGAUGGUGAAUAAUUUGAAUACGUACUUAAUAAUAGACAACAACGAAAAUAAAAAUAGGAAAUAUUAAUUUAAGAUUAGAUGGAUUUAACUUUAUCUGAUACAAGAAAAUACACUUCAGAAUAAGUAAAUUUAAUCUAAUCUUUCCUUAAUGUAGAUCCUUCAAAAAGACCAAUAUGCAAAAGAACUUAUAAGAUCUUCUUAAAUAGCUAAAUUAUGUUGUAGAGUUUUGAAAAGAAAAAUUGUUAAAAAUAAUAUUUCAAAAAAUUGGUUUAGUCAAUAUUAAAUAUCUAGUAGGAAACUCAUAAGUUUUCAUCAAUGUAUGAUCAUAAAUUUGUGAUACAACGUUUAUAAAAAAAUAAACAAGUAUUAGAUUUCUUUAAAUUGAAUUCAUUUUAAUUUAUGAGUAAAGAAAACACUAAAUUAUUCUGUAAAACUUGAUACAUCUCGAGAUAUUGAUCUUCCUGAAACUUACGAAAUCUAAUAAUUAUUUUUGAAUUACUUAAAACAUAAUCUAUUGGUGAGUCACAAUUUUAAUCAAAAUCUUAAUAAUUUUUAAAGAGAUUAUAAACUCUUAUUAUAAUAUACAGUUGUUAGGAAGUAUUUACCUUUUUAUUGUUGCUUUUUUACUAUUUUUAUCAUCAGUCUAGAAUUCAAAUUUAUAUGUAUUACAAUAGGAUUAUUUUUUAAAAUAUUGCCAUUAAUUUAUCUAACACAUUAAGUAAGAAACAAUAAAAGUUUAUUGGAUUUAAAUCCACAAUCGCUAAAAAAAUAUUUUAAAAUUUAUAAAUUAAGUUUAUCCUCUUAUUGUCUAAUAUUAAUUUGA